AUGGCAUUGAUAAGCACAACCUCCUUCGGAGAAUUGGAUGAGGUUGAGAUACAAAGGUACUUAAAGCGAGUCAACAAACCCGCUGUUAAAUCCAUAAAGAGUCCCGAUGGAGAUAUAAUAGAUUGUGUUGAUAUGUACAAACAACCGGCUUUUGAUCAUCCUUUGAUGAAGAACCACACAAUUCGGUCGGACCCGACCUUUCUCUCAAAAAAUCGAUCCAUGAACACCGAUGGAAAACUGCAGCCCCUAACUCAACUGUGGCAUAGGAACGGAAAAUGUCCAGAAAAUACAGUUCCGAUAAGAAGAACAACAAGAGAAGAUCUGUUACGGUGGGGUUCCAUCAAAACGUACGGAAAAAAGGAUCCAAGUUAUGGCAUCUAUAAUCGUCGAAACCGCCUAAACAACGGUCCAUUUGCGCAUGAGUACGCCGUAAUCCAAUCGAAGAAUGUUGGAAAAUAUGUCGGGGCCGACGCCAAUAUGAAUCUGUGGAAACCACACGUUGCACACGCGGAAGAAUUCAGUUUGGCCCAGAUGUGGCUUGUAGCCAAUGGUCAGAGCCCAACCGAUAUGAACACGAUCGAAGUGGGCUGGCAGGCGUAUCCACGACUGUAUGGCGAUGAUAACCCCAGGCUCUUUAUUUUCUGGACUUCUAAGAGUUACCAAAAUGGAUGCUACAACCUCCAAUGUGAGGGCUUUGUUCAAAAAUCCGGCAUUACCCUAGUUGGAGCAGCCUUGGAGCAAGUCUCGACUUACAAUGUCCAAAUGGCAUACCUCUUCGUAACUGUAAGGAAGGAACCCUUUUUCGGAGAUUGGUGGUUGAUAAUCAACGGAGUAUCUGUCGGGUAUUGGCCGAGGUCGCUCUUCACAUCUAUGCAGGACCACGCGGAUAGGGUGGACUUUGGUGGGGAGAUCGUGAAUGCAAAGAGCGGCGAGCAACACACGGAAACCACUAUGGGGAGUGGCCACUUUGCUGCGGGAGGGUUCGGCCAGGCGUGCUCCAUGGAUCAAAUCAACGUGUACAAUGAGCAGGGGCAAAAGGUCAUGCCCCAUAUCACUGAUGUCAGGAUGACAAAUGCACUUUGUUACGAUUUAUUUCUCGGAACCAACAACCUGGGACCUUACAUCUACUUUGGUGGACCCGGUAGAAACCCUACAUGCCCGUGA